CCCCGAACCCCAAUGAUCCUGCAGCAACCCCUGGAGCGAGGCCCCCAGAGUCGGGCCCAGCGCGACCCGCGGGCCGCCUCAGGGGCGUCCCGAGGCCUGGACGCGAGCUCCCCUCUCCGAGGAGCUGUGCCCAUGAGCACCAAGCGUCGCCUGGAGGAGGAGCAGCUGCCUGCCUCCCUGUCUCUCCCCAGGGAGCCCCUGCGCAAGCAGUUCCUGUCUGAGGAGAACAUGGUCACCCACUUCUCUAGACUCAGCCUGCAUAAUGACCACCCUUACUGCAGCCCCCCCAUGGCUUUCCGCCCAGCUCUGCCCCCACUCAGAAGCCCUUGCUCUGAGCUGCUUCUCUGGCGCUACCCUGGGAACCUGAUCCCUGAGGCGCUCCGGUUGCUGAGGCUGGGGGACACCCCCACCCCCCACUACCCUGCAACCCCAGCUGGGGACAUAAUGGAGCUCUGAGUGCUGGGGGGCAGUGCCCCUGCCCACCUUCCUUCUUCCCCACAACAGGGGAGGCCAGCACUCCCACGAAGGGACCAGCUGCCCUGCUUUUCCUCCAGACCAGGCCUCUGGGCACCAGGACUUUCCCCCAAGAGGACACGGAGCCCUGGGGUGGGAGGGGCAGGAGCAUGGGAAGGGAGCUGUCUCCUCCUCAGAGAACUGAAUAAAGAUUGCUGAGCAAAUGAAGGUUUCA